AUUGCAUUUCCGAAAUGAAAGCGAAACUGAAAUACAAAAGAUGGUAGCUGUACGCAUGAUAACAAAAAACAUGGUCGGGUUUUUUUCCAUUGGGUGGUGGCAGAACGAUAAGAAAACAAGUAGCUAGAUUGGUUGAACAAUACCUAAUUACACCACUAAAUUAAUUGUAUAUAAGACGUGAAGAAAAUGUGUAAAAAUAUAAGACGGAAUUAAAAGUUUAAUGAGAUUGUUCAAGAGAUGAGUCGUGUGAGUCUACACUGCACAUAUGCCAUCAUUUCCUACAUCAAACCUAUCUGUUGAUCUCACAGAGUAUACCGAAAAUGAAAUAUAUUCAUACCCAUCGACGGGUGUACGUGUUUUUCUGACACUUAUUCUCGCUGUGGUUUUUAUCCUCUCGCUCUCUGGUAAUUUAUUGAUUUUUGGUAUAAUUUAUCGACGAGCUGCGAUGAGAUCUGGUAUUAAUUUACUUUUAGCUAAUUUGGCACUGGCGGAUUUAGUUACAAGUGUGUUUACUUUACCAUUAAGUGCCAUUGUAUUAAAUAUGCAAAGCUGGCGCUUCGGUAGUGUUAUGUGCAAGUUGAGUGGAGUCGUGUACAGCUUGGUAAAUGCUGAGAAAGUGUUUGUACUUUUGGUUAUAUCGAUAGAUCGUUAUUUUAUCAUUGUAAAACGAAGAGACACCAUGACGCCACCUAAAGCAAAAGCAUUUAUAGCUUUGUCGUGGCUCGUCGUUAUUGUAUUAUCAUUACCGCCUGUUUUUGGUUGGGGUCGUUUUGUUUAUAAAUGUGGAUUUGUUCAAUGUCUUUUAGAUUUUAACGAACAAAGUCAAUUUAAUCCAAGUUACACAAUAUUUUACUGUACUGCUAUUAUUUUUGUGCCGUCUUUUGUGCUCGUAGUAAUCUAUCAUUGUAUAUUAAGAAAGCUACGUCGUAACAGCUUUCGUGUUCAAAAUCACCCGCCCGUCACGCCCACCGCCAUGCACAAGAAAGGUAAACUAUUUAUCGAUUACAGUUACAAGACACGAACUUCGACGACUAUUCUCCUUCUCUCAUUAGUGUUUAUCGUAUGCACUGUUCCCAUUGGCGGAGUGAAUGUCUAUCUUGCUUUGAAUGGAUUUAACGAUCGAAUUAAUACACGCGGUUAUCUCGCGUUUUUAUGGAUAUCUCACGCCCACGGCGCGUUUAAUCCUAUAAUUUAUUACACGCGUAUAAAAAAGUUUCGAGAGUCUGUUCGUGAUUUGUGGCCGCAAUUUUGUGUGCUACCACAUCUUGUGCCCAUACGAUCUAGACGUCGUAUUAGACCCCAUGUUAUGUACAGAGUGGAGAAGAAUGAUAAGAUAGUGAUCAUGAACAGUAACUCGUCUUUAUGACGCCUAAUGUAAAUUAGUUCAAAUAUUUUAAUUGACACCGAUAUUUCCACUCUCGUCCCCAGGGUUUUUUGCCUUCUUGAUACAAGAGAUGAAGUCUUCACUCCAAUCAAAAAGACAAAAAACAUUAGGGAAAGGGUGGGACAUUUGUUGACUCAAAUAUUUUCAAAUCACUAAUUUGAAAACCUAUAAAUACAGAAGCCUAGGACUAUGUUUUCUUUUUUCUCUGCUGCUUCUAAGCCAACAGCCCCACUAAACGUCAUAUAUUUAUAUAAACUGUAAAAUGUUUUUGAGGUGUAUUUAUUGUUUUUAGAUGUUCAGUUGGAAAUUAUUUCUAAUUUUGUUUUUAUAUUUUAUAAUUUUUAUUUAUAUUACUGUUCAUUGA